GAUGACGCCCUCCUCGCCCGACUGAACGCCCUAAAGAAAUCUCCCGUAAACUUCAACCCAAGACCCAGCGCCUCGAUAAUCUCGUCAAAACCUCCCGCUCCUACUGACGACCUCGCCGCGCGCUUCGCUCGUCUCGGUUCCGCGAGCCCUUCCGCGUCUCCCAAGUCCUCGCGAACUACGUCAUCACACGAUACCAGCACAGUCGGUAGAGCUCAAAGCGUGCCGGUUAUAGCGCCCGGUGCGACGAGCUAUCUAGAAGGUGUUUCUGAGGGCGUGGGAGGAGCUAGUGAAGAAGAAGUAAAUGCAGAGGAUGGGAAGAGUUUAGAGCAAUUGCUGGCCGAAAUGGGACCGCAGUCGCAGUGGGAUGUAUCACGUAAGGAGCAAGAUGACGUGGAGACGUUGAUUCAGGAGGCGAAGAAUAUACUGCCAGUGAUCCAGAGAUCGAUGAAGGGGGAUCGGGAGGAAGAGGUGGAGAGGAGUGCGGGGAAUAAGAGGGGGACUGGAGCAAGGCCUGAGAGGAAAGAAGAGGAGCUCACAGAUUGGGAGAAUGUGGAGGUUGAUGUGGGAUCUGGGGGUGUGAGGGUGGGGCGGGAAGAGAAGACAGAUGAGAACGAUGAGGAGAGGGAGGGAGAAGAGAACAAGACGGAAGGUGAAGAGGUUGAGGAUGUUAUUUCUCGUGUUCUCGCCGAGCUUGAGAUCAGCAGAAAAUAUGGCGAUGGCGGUGACGAUGAUUCCGGCGACUGGAAAUCCAACCAGCAAGAAGAUCCAGCGCAGGACCAUACAACUCCCAGAACAGAAACAGCACCUACAACAAAACCCCAAGACCUAGACUCAGAAGCAAGCCUCCAGCUCCCCUCCGCUCCGGACUCCCUCCCUCACGACGAUCUCGACAAAACACAAGCCCUCGAAGACGCACUCGUCGCUCGUUUCGCCUCCCUCUCCCCAUUCCCCAAACCCACAAACUCUCUCGGCCUCCCCUCAGCACCAUCUUUCUCCCCAACCAAAAAGCCGCCCAAGAUCCUGAAAUCCAAUCUCCCAAAGUACACAGACGAAGAGAUAGAUACGUGGUGUAUAAUCUGCAACGAUGAUGCGACACUCAAGUGUGUGGGUUGUGAUGGAGAUUUGUAUUGUAGGGAUUGUUGGAUGGAGGGGCAUAGAGGGGAGAGUGCGGGGUUAGAGGAGAGGAGACACAAGGCUGUUGUUUUUAAUAAA